AUGAACGGCAUCUCUGACGAAUCCGAGAAUGGCGGCGCUGCUAUUGGACUCGCCACCGAUCGCGAAAGGAUCGGAAUGGCAGAUGGCAAAGAAGGCAAGAUCACAACCAUAUCGCGCGAGAGGAGAGAUGAUACCGCUAUGACUGGCGAAAGUGGAAUGGCAUUAACACUGACGGGAAAACACCACCCGUCCGAACUGACGAAACACCACCCGCUGCCACGCCGCGGAGACCAGCACCGCCACCGAGCUACUUUGAUUAUCAACCUCGCGGUAAGAAUAUGCUGCUUUCCGACCGUCAGAGACUAUUCCCGGGAGCACAAGCCGGACAGCGACCUGUACUUGGAAUUGUGGUCCAACGACCAAAAGAGGCUGAUUUGCGAGGAUGAGGAGGUGCCCUUCCGCUGCGUGGAAGAAAUAGAAGAACCUGCACACACUGCAGCAAAGCGAAGGAAAGUGGAGACGAAGGCUCAUUCGUGGCGAGUCUACAAAAACGUCGCCGCUGAGCAGCAGUUCAGCCGCGCUCAGACUGUCGACGAGGCCAUUAACAUGGUGUUGUACGCCGUCGAGAAGUUUGUCGUCCUCAUGGCGAAGGUGGACGCCAGCAGAGCGGUUUACCUCGCGCAGGCGGAAGUGCUGGUCCAGUUGGUGCAAUCGUGGGAGCUCGACGCGCCACAACACAGGAAAUGGGGCAGAGUGCUCGUCGCGGUCGUAUCUGACGCACCGAGGGAAGAGAGAAGGCUGAGCCAUGAGUGCGGCGCCGUCGGACAUCUGCCGGCUAAUUGCUCCGAUCGCGAGCAUAACUUUAUGUUGACCGUGAACGAAUCGACGAUCAAGCAGGUGCUGCACUACGAGGAUCUCGCACCUCGUCGGGAUGCAGCGCGCCAUCACGUGGUAAACUGA